AUGUUGACGUUAUGUAUGGAAAGGCUUGGAGGUUCUUACAUAUCACAUCCUGAAAUUAGAGACUUAGUCCAAUAUUCUGUAAUCGGCCCUGUCGUUCAGAAACCUAGAUGGGCUCAUUUGAAGCCCUCCCGGAAAUCAACUAGUCAAACUAUUUUAAUCCGUGUCAAUUGUACUGCUGAAUAUAUCGAGAAUAAUGAAUACUCAUUUGAAUUCGUCGAUAACUUCUUCAACAAGCAAUGGAUUCGAAUGAAUUCUAAUAUUACCGAUAGAGAAGCGUUCUGGUCUCACUUAUUCCAAGUACCUGUGACUCUCCAAGAGCAAAUUAGAGAGAAAAUGAGAGCCGGAAGCAAGCAACUUGAAAGUGAUCAGAAGACUUUGAAAGAGCAACUCUUGCUGACUACCACAGAUAUGGUUGACAACAACUAUCCUUUUCCGGAUGAGAGAAUAGUGGCUACCAAAGACAAGUAUGCCCCGGUGACUGAGAACUCUCCCAUGUUCGCGUUGGAUUGUGAGAUGUGCUUCACGACUGCACAACGACAUGAGCUGACAAGAAUAUCUCUAAUCCGAGAAGAUGGCCAAGUUAUGAUAGACACUCUUGUCAAACCUGAAAACGAAAUAACAAAUUACUUAACUCGCUUCUCUGGAAUUACCAAGGAUAUGCUCGAAGAUAUUGUCAUUACGACCAAAGACGUUCAAAACGCUAUUCGUGCCUGUCUACCUCCUGAUGCUAUUAUUGUUGGUCAUUCUUUAGAGUUCGAUUUUAGAGCCAUGGGCAUGGCACAUCCAUAUUGUAUGGACGCUGCUCUUUUAUAUAAUCUUGCUGGUGGAUUAAACUCAAAAUCAAGUCUGAAGAGUCUGAUGUGGUUGUUCUUCAAUCGGGAUAUUCAAGGUAAUCGAGGGCAUUGUUCUGUUGAGGACUCCGUUGCUGCCAUGGAUCUCAUAAAAUUGAAGUUAGAGAAAGGUCUUUUAUUUGGAAAUAUCCGUUUCGGAUGGAACCUGGAUGAGUAUCAGAAGUUGAAACGACAACGCAUCCAAGCACAGGAAACAAAACGGAAAGAAAAGGAAGAAGGAGGAGAAGAUGAAGAGAACGAUGAUGAUGAGGAAGAGGAAGAUGAAGAUGAGGGAGUGCCUAGUAAAAAAUUGAAACUAGACUCGUUAGUCAGAAGAUAUUGUGAAUGCGGUACUAUUAUAAAUGUAGAGUGCAUUCUUCCAAACUGUGAAUGUCGUAAAAUACAACCCACAAUAUGUGUUCGAUGCAUGGCAUUGAAUCCCCUGCCACCAUUAGAAGAUGGUUUUGAUUGGAAUAAUAGCUUGAGAGCCGACACCUCUGUCAAAUACAGAUAUUUGCACUACUAUUUAAGUGAUCGUUGUAAUAAUGUUUUACUUGGGUUCAACCCACCUGUAGAGAGUAUAAGUUACAAUGGGAGACUUUUCGAUGUAAGAGUCAAGCCCGAAGAUGUUCCACAGAAUAAGUUCUUGGAAGACUUAUCUUUAGAAAUACUAAACUAUCGUCUAGCCCUCUUCGAGAUGGAUUAUGUGGAGGAUAUCACUAAGUCUAACGCAAAACAGUUAGAAGAUGGUGAAGAAGGAGAGACGUGUUCUGUGGACUCUGCCAUAGUCAAAGAGAUAGAUGAGAAUAUUGAAAACAUAAUUCGGAAUAGUGCUAGGAGCAGUUUGGUCAUUUUAAUUUUUUCUUCUCCAACUGCAUCAAUUUGUUACUUGAAAAUCAAAUGA